AUGAGACUGCUGCAUGUCGAAGAGCUCAGGUUCGAGGAAUUCUUUGACGAAAAUGUCCCGCCGUACGCCAUCGCUUCACACCGGUGGGGAGCAGAGGAAGUGACAUUACAGGACCUUCAGCAGAACCGCGCCACAUCGAAGAUCGGCUACAAAAAGAUUCAGGCGUUCGCGAAAUAUGCACGAGAGAACUUGAAGUCCAUCAAUUGGAUCUGGAUUGAUACCUGUUGCAUUGAUAAGACUAGUGCCGCGGAACUGUCAGAGUCCGUCAAUUUGAUGUUCAAGUGGUAUCGCAAUGCUGAGAUAUGUCUGGCCUAUCUCGCAGACAUUCCAUCGGCAGGUGAGCCUCACGGAUACUUGAGAAGCGAAUGGUUCCGGCGAGGCUGGACAUUGCAAGAGCUGUUAGCCCCACGCGUCGUCAUCUUCCUGACGGGCGACUGGCAGGUCAUCGGGAACAAGGGCGCCUCCCUGAAUGAUUCGAUCCAAUCCGCCGCCGGGUCGGGACUGGAACCAGGUAUAGCAGUUGCUACACGCCUGCCAGAGGACGUUUUGCACGAUUUUGACAAGAGCAAGAGCAUAUCUCGAAGCGAGAAGCUAAGGUGGAUGGAGGGCAGAGACACGACUCGCAAAGAAGAUCUGUCGUACGGGCUCUAUGGAAUCUUUAAUGUUUAUCUAGGCGCAAACUACGGGGAGGGAUUUCGCGGGGCGCGGGAUCGUCUGAUAGCAGCCCUCCCCGAGCGGGAGGAUCGAGAACAGCGUCAAGCGGAUCAAUUCCGUAAAAUCACAGAGUGGCUCGCCCCGCCGGAUCCAUGGACAGAUCAUGAGACCGCACGAAAUGAACGAGCUGCACAGACAGGAGAUUGGUUGCUGCAAUCACCAAUAUAUCAGGAGUGGAAACAUCAUACCACUAACUUGCUAUGGCUACAUGGCAAGGCUGGUUGCGGCAAGACUAUUCUAUGUUCGACAGCAAUCGAAGACAUUCGAGUGUACUGCAACAGCAGGGAUGACAUAGGCUACGCAGUCUUCUACUGCGCGUUCUCUGACAGCCGCAAGCAGUCACUUAGAACUAUGCUCCUGUCAAUCGUCGCGCAGGUCUGCUCGAGAGAGCCUGGUCUAGCAAUGCUGCAGAAUGCGUACGAGAAGCAUAACAGGGUUACUCUAAGCGCUGACGACCUCGAAAAGAUCAUGUUCUCGACAUUGAGAGCCUACAAAACAAUGUAUUUACUGGUCGAUGGAGUCGACGAGUGCCCUGAAGACAACGACAAUCGCCGUGGGGUGCUCGAAUUCCUAGUACGUCUGUCGCACAGAGCAAGCAAUGUGCGCAUUCUAGCAGCAAGUCGCGAUGAGCCCGGAAUUCGCUCGUCAAUGCAAGCAUCAAAAGCUGCACAACUUCCCAUCAACACACACGCUGUGGACGCCGAUAUUCGCAGAUACAUAUCAGCGGAAAUACUGCGUGACCUGCGACUUUCUCGACUCGAUUCUCAGACCAAAGCACAAAUCGAGGAUACACUCACGCAGCGGGCAGACGGCAUGUUCCGCUGGACGUUCUGCCAGUUACAAGAAGUGAAGAAAUUGAAGUCAACAAAGCCGAGAUCCAUUCAACAAGCAUUGUUUGCUCUGCCCGCAACACUGGACGCGACAUAUGAGCGGAUACUAGAAACGAUAGGGGAGAACGUGCGGGACGACGCACUUAUACUCCUGCGCUGGAUAGCCUACGCGCAAGAGCCGCUCACUCUCGAGCAGCUAGUUGAAACCACGAUUAUUGAUUUGGACCAGGAGGCAUCGGUCGGUAUCGAUAACCGAGGAGGUCUGAUGGACACUCUAGAGAUUCUUUCAGGAUUGAUCAUAACUGAGGGUCCAAAGCCUACACGCUCGUGGGCUAUAGGACCAUUCUCAAGUUUGCUGCGAGCUAAUAGAGCGGCGGCUAGAGCUCGAAAGGCUAGAAUUCGAAAGGCUAGGCUUCCAAAGGCGAAACGCGCAAAGGCUAAAUGGGACAUUUUCGAUGAUUCCACGGACGAAGAUGGAUCCCAGGACGAAGAUGAUUCCACUUCUGAUAACGUUUUCCCUUCCAUCAGAGAGGAUUGCCUGAAAAACACAACAGUCAGGCUUGCCCACUUCUCUGUGAAAGAAUACCUUGAAUCCACUCGGAUUUUGCAAGGCAGUGCGCGAGGUUUCCAAUUGUCAAGCGCUCGGGAACACUGGAUCAUUGCUCAAAGCUGCCUGGCAUAUCUUCUAUUCUAUAGCCGGCACGCACAGAAAUCACACAGUUUAGGGGAUUUGAAAGCGUUUCCGUUACUCCACUACGCAGCUAAGACAUGGUACGUCCAUUUGUCUUCAAAAAGCACAGAAAAAGUCGCUCGCGAAGCAACAGUUCUUCUGCAAGAAGACGUGAAACACGACUGGUUGCUGAUACACCGACCCGACGACCCGUGGUUUGAUCCUUUCAUGAUGGGACCAAUCGACGAAGCGCCAGCUCUAUACUACGCUAGUUAUUUGGGACUCCAGUCUGUGGUGCAGUCACUAGUAGACGCAGGCGCGGACGUCAAUGACGAUUCGGGGAUUUUCAGCCCUGCAUUGGUAGCAGCUUCGACGAAAGGCCACGAAACGAUCGUGGAAGCCUUGUUGAAGGCCGGAGCGAACCUCAAAGUGGAACUUGCGCUGCACGAAGCAGCAACUUCUGGCCAUGCGAAGGUCGCGAAGAUGCUGAUCGAGGUAGGAGCGACUUUCCACGCUGCGAAAGAGCCAUGCGAUGCUCAAUGCACACUACUAUCGACAGCGUCCGAAGCAGGUUACAGGGAGAUAGUGGAGAUGCUAAUUAUGUCUGGAGUCAACGUCAAUACUGCUUGCAGUCCUUCUCUGACUCCGCUAAUGCUGGCGUCCCAACGAGGUGACGUGGAGAUAGUAGGGAUGCUCUUAGAUGCUGGCGCUGACCCGAUACACAGGGCGUUAGAAGCAGCAUCCCUUAACGGUCAUCGGGAGGUAGUCAAGAAGAUGAUAGAGACGCUCUUAGAGAGGGAGAAAAGUCCUGGUGCCAAUCAGACAGCAGGUCCACUUUCGGAGGAGCUCAUCGCUGCUUGUAAUUUGGGCUUAGUUGAAGCAGCAGAAGUACUCAUAAAGGCAGGAGCCAACGUCAACAACCGAGGAAGGCUUGAGACCUCAUGGGGCGUUUUCAAGAACGUGAACGCGCUUGAGGUAGUUUUGGCCAGCGACGAAUACAAAUACAGUGUGGAAUUGGCGGGCAUGCUACUGACAGCAGGGGCGGUACUGGAGAACCCAAUCAAGGGACGAUUGAACGAAGCACUCAUCACAGCAUCAGGUGCAGGAUCGGGGAUUUUGGUGCGGAGGUUGAUACAAGAGGGGGCAGAUGUUAACACUCUCAUGGACCGCCGAAUGCGCGUGGCCACGUUGCAAAAGCAACGUUACACCGACAAUACCAAUGCUUUGCGACUGGCAAUUGCUCACGGGCACGAGAGUGUGGUAAAGCUGCUACUGGCUGCGGGAGCCCAAGUCCACCGUGCGCCGAAAAGCUGGAUAGAUCUCUCGCAUCGGAACGGGGACUACCAAACUGAUGUACAACUAGCACUGAAUGUAGGCAAUGAGAAGAUAGUGCAGCUUCUGCUGGAUGCAGGAGCGAAGAUCGAGGAUCGAACAUUGGUCUUCGAGGACAAGGACGGAAAUAUAUAUGGAAGUGCUAUACAAGCAGAAUUAACACGAGGCAACAAAAGGAUAGCGCAGAUGCUAAGAGGCGCAAGAGCAGUAUCACGGAAGCGACGGCUAUAUAUGCUUGGCCGACGUAUACCUCCCUUCCAUGGUAGUAAGGCACACUGAUUAAGAGGAGGACAAUUGUUCAAUCAAGCUACCUGAUGCAAAAUAAACAGACUCACUAAGCCAAUCUUGUCAAAGCUUUAGCAUCACUUCCAGUAGCCUUUCAACAUCAUCCGCA